AAGAGGGCAAUGGUGCUUCCUCCCAGAGGCGGUGCGGCACAGAGGAGCGCUCGCAUCACAAGGUGACCCCAGCUCCCCACCGCCGUCGUCACCGUCGGCACCGCGCUCCCGCCGCUCCGCGCCCACCCGGUCGCGCGGCCUCUCUUUCACCCUUCCGAAGCCGAGAUCUGUCCGGCCGCUUGGGGACUCAGGGAGCCCGGGGCUGGAAGCUCACUUGGGGCUUCCCCCUCCCCCCUCCAGAGCCCCCCGGGAUGGAGAGCCGAAAGGACAUGGUUAUGUUUCUGGACGGGGGUCAGCUUGGUACUCUGGUCGGCAAGAGGGUCUCCAAUUUGUCCGAAGCCGCGGGGAGCCCGCUGGCCGAGUCGCCCGAGAAGAUGGUGCCCCGUGGCUGCCUGAGCCCGCGGGCCGGUCCUCCGGCGGUCCGAGAGCGCGGCGGGGGAGGCCUGGAGGAAGAGCCGGUCGACGGACUAGCAGGCAGCGCUGCGGGGCCGGGCGCCGAACUGCGGGCAGCCGGGACUGCAGUGCUUGGCCCGGGACCUCCCGCCCCCUCCGCCGACAGCCUCUCGGGACAGGGGCAACCCAGUAGCUCGGACACGGAGUCGGAUUUCUAUGAAGAAAUCGAGGUGAGCUGCACCCCGGACUGCGCCACCGGGAACGCGGAGUACCAGCACAGCAAAGGGUCUGGCUCUGAGGCACUGGCCAGCAGUCCAAACAGCGGCAGCGAGGCCCCCAAGAGCAAUGGCGGCAGCGGCUCCCAGGGCACACUGGCCUGCAGCGCCAGUGACCAGAUGCGCCGUUACCGGACCGCCUUCACCAGGGAGCAGAUUGCUCGACUAGAGAAGGAAUUCUACAGAGAGAACUACGUAUCCAGGCCUCGGAGAUGUGAGCUGGCUGCAGCCCUGAACCUGCCUGAAACCACCAUCAAGGUGUGGUUCCAGAACCGGCGCAUGAAGGACAAGCGGCAGAGACUGGCCAUGACGUGGCCGCACCCGGCGGACCCCGCCUUCUAUACGUACAUGAUGAGCCACGCGGCGGCCGCGGGCGGCCUGCCCUACCCCUUCCCGUCGCACCUGCCCCUGCCCUACUACUCGCCGGUGGGCCUGGGCGCCGCGUCCGCUGCGUCCGCUGCCGCCUCGCCCUUCAGCGGCCCGCUGCGCCCUCUCGACACGUUCCGCGUGCUCUCGCAGCCCUACCCUCGGCCCGAACUGCUGUGCGCCUUCCGCCACCCGCCGCUCUACCCGGGCCCGGCGCACGGACUGGGCGCUUCGGCCGGCGGCCCCUGCUCCUGCCUCGCCUGCCACAGCGGCCCCGCCAACGGGCUGGCGCCCCGAGCCGCAGCCGCCGCCUCGGACUUCACCUGUGCCUCCACGUCCCGCUCGGACUCCUUCCUCACCUUCGCGCCCUCCGUGCUUAGCAAGGCCUCCUCGGUCGCGCUGGACCAGAGGGAGGAGGUGCCCCUCACCAGAUAAGGGGCUGCCCUUGGGCUGCCGGCUCCAGGACGCCCACGGGAGCCUUCCCCGCCCCCGGACUCAGCCAGCGUCCCUCCCCGCUCCCUGGGCACGGAGAGGGAAGAAGAUGAUCGCAAAGGACCGGCGGGACUCCGCUUUGAGGGGGGCCUUGGCAGGCGCAUGUAGGGAUCUGGAGUGGGAAUGGGGAGGGAGAGGCCGAGAGACCUUCCUCUGCGGUGGCCCCUCUUUGCCAUUCUUCACCGGACCCGCUGCCUCUGACAGGGGUGAGGCCUUGAUUCCAAAGCCCAACAAAACUUAGCAGCAACAGCUACCGAUAUCCGGCCCCUCAGCCCCUCACUUCAGCACCUCACACCUCUUCCUCCCCCCUGCCAAGGCCGACCCCAAGCACUGCAAGGGGAAAUUGCUGCCUCUCGGAACAAAAUGCUGUGUAUGCAGAGCAGGUAGAGAUUAAUCUUUGCCAGCUUUUCCUAGGCAUGGCAAGGGGCUUGUGGAGAGCAAUGCACAGUCAUCUAGGGGAGAGGGAAAAAGAGAUGAAUUACUACCACAGAUAAUGCGGGCCCUCCCAUGAAACUCUAGCCUUCCCAAACCUUCCUUACAAAACAGCUUUUGGGGUGGGCAUCUACCAGCAUCUACCAUCAUCGGAUUGAUCUCUCUGCUCUCUCUUGGUUUCCUGAUACCUCUUAAUUUGCAACUGCAUCCCCACCCCUGAGUUUUUGUUUGGCGUUUGGCUGGAGGCUGCAGAUGCUUCAGGGCCCCUUGGCAGCUUCUACCGAGACUCUUCUCCCUGGGCCCAACAUGCACCCUGAUUAGCAAGUGAUGUGUGUGAGGAGGGUUUUUGAAUGUUGAAUGUAUAAUAAUGAUCAUGGAACCCAGAGCUGAGCUGUUAACAAGGCGCCCAGGGAAGAGCUUAGGGAGCAGGGACCUCAUCUCCCUCCCUCAAUAUCUGGCAGCAAAUUAGAGGCUAUUUCUAGCCUUUGCUUGUUCACCUUCACUUCAUCAGGAGCUUUCUGACCCUUCCUUUUGCUUUCAGCAUUUUACAUCCUUCUUCCUCUCAUUUUCCUCCCAAGCUACCAAAGGGGAUUGAUUUUCAGAUACUAGUGGGAACCUUCUGCCCCUUCUGGGGACCUCAUCUCUCCCCUUCACCAAGGUUUAUUUGGGAGCUACUUCUAAACUCACUCCUGCUCUCAUUCUUGCAGCCAGUUUUUGAGGGAGAGAUUAACGUAUACUCCCCAAUACAAGCUUCACCCCAACUGGGAAGGAGUGAUUCUUCCUGUAAGGAACGAAUUUGGUUUGGUUUGGUUUUCCUUUGAAGCCCAAAGAAUUUGCUGUUACAAUUUGUUAAUCAUAUUGCAAUAAAA